GUUAGUUUUUGUGACUCCUAAGAGCAGGCAUCUGCGAUAGACAGCCCUCUAAGGGACGUCAUCCCCUGCGCUAGCUUUAGCGUCUGGCUGAAGGACCCUUUUGGCGCUGGCUGUUUUCGGCGCGUUCUGGAAGCUUCGUGUCGGCCGGGAACCGUUAGUCGUGGUCCGGGCGAGAAAGGAAAGGAUCCAUCGCCAUCGGAGGCUUCAGUAGGGUGGCUGGACGCAGCUAUGCCGGAGAACGCGAGCUUGAAGGGGCCCCUUAUGGGCGCCAGCGCCGGGAACCGCAGCUCUGGCGGGUAUCGUGGUAGUAGCUCCUACCAGGACAGAGACAAGCCCGCCCAGAUCCGCUUCAGCAACAUCUCUGCAGGCAAAGCGGUUGCAGAUGCUAUUCGGACAAGCCUUGGACCAAAGGGAAUGGACAAAAUGAUCCAAGAUGGGAAAGGAGACGUGACAAUCACAAAUGAUGGUGCAACAAUUUUGAAGCAGAUGCAGGUUCUUCACCCUGCAGCUAAAAUGCUGGUGGAAUUAGCCAAAGCGCAAGAUAUUGAAGCUGGAGAUGGCACUACCUCUGUUGUCGUCAUUGCUGGUGCUCUUUUGGAUUCCUGUUCAAGACUUCUUCAGAAAGGCAUUCACCCCACAAUAAUCUCGGAGUCAUUCCAGAAGGCAUUAGAUAAAGGUGUUGAAGUCUUGACCAGCAUGGGACAUCCAAUUGAGCUGAGUGACAGAGAAACCUUACUUAACAGUGCAACUACUGCCCUGAGUUCAAAGGUUGUCUCACAAUAUUCUAGUCUGCUUUCUCCAAUGAGUGUGGAUGCUGUGAUGAAGGUGAUAGAUCCCACUACAGCUAGUGGUGUGGAUCUUAGAGAUAUCAAAAUUGUUAAAAAGCUUGGGGGAACAAUUGACGACUGUGAAUUGGUUGAAGGGCUGGUCCUCACUCAGAAAGUGGCCAACACUGGAGUAACCAGAGUCGAAAAAGCCAAGAUAGGACUCAUUCAGUUUUGCUUGUCAGCUCCAAAAACAGAUAUGGAUAACCAGAUUGUUGUUUCUGACUACACUCAAAUGGACAGGGUCUUACGUGAAGAAAGAGCCUACAUACUGAAUUUAGUUAAGCAAAUUAAGAAGACUGGAUGCAAUGUGCUGCUCAUUCAGAAAUCUAUUCUACGGGAUGCUCUAAGUGAUCUAGCUCUACAUUUCUUGAACAAAAUGAGGAUCAUGGUCAUCAAAGAUAUUGAGAGAGAAGAUAUUGAGUUUAUAUGUAAGACCAUUGGAACAAAGCCAGUUGCUCAUAUUGAUCAGUUCACUGGUGAUAUGCUGGGAACUGCUGAACUGGCAGAAGAAGUCAACUUAAAUGGCUCUGGGAAGCUAAUAAAGGUUACAGGCUGUGCCAGCCCUGGAAAAACUGUAACAAUUGUGGUACGUGGCUCCAACAAAUUGGUGAUCGAAGAAGCUGAACGUUCAAUUCAUGACGCUUUGUGUGUCAUCCGCUGUUUGGUAAAGAAAAGAGCCCUGAUUGCAGGAGGUGGAGCACCAGAAAUAGAGUUGGCGUUGCGCUUGAAUGAGUAUGCCCGCACCCUAAGUGGCAUGGAGUCUUACUGUGUCCGUGCUUAUGGAGAAGCCCUGGAAAUUAUUCCUUCUACCUUGGCUGAAAAUGCAGGCCUUAAUCCUAUCACUACUGUAACAGAAUUGAGAAACCGGCAUGCACAAGGAGAGAGAACUGCUGGCAUUAAUGUCAGAAAGGGUGGAAUUUCUAAUAUCCUAGAAGAGUUGGUGGUCCAGCCAUUAUUGGUGUCUGUCAGUGCUCUGACCCUAGCAACAGAAACUGUCCGCAGCAUUCUUAAGAUUGAUGAUGUGGUGAACACACGAUGAGAUGUCUAAAGGAAAGGGCAGUGCAGUUCAGCACAAUAAGUCAUAAAUUUGGAACAUGGCUCGUUUGCUUAACUCCCAGUUACAUUCAUGUACUUUUGACAAUUUAAAUUAAUAAAACCUACAUUCUAACGACAA